AGUACUUACCAUAGGUCAGUUACGUGCAUGUACUGAGAUUUCGUCCUCCAUUUUUAUCUUAAUACGCUUAAUAGCUGCACUGAUACAGUUUAUAUUUGAGUUAACCUUUGAAAUAAUUACAGAUUUGGGAUUAACAUUGCCUAUAGAAGAGAUAUAUUCUUCUGAAUUCAUGAUUCAACCGUCACCUUUACCAACUUUCUCUUCAAUCGACUAUUAA